AUGGCUGACGUCGUGGCCCACAAUGCGAGCCAUCCUUGUGAGUGUCCGGUUCUGCGAGGGUGCUUCCCUGUCGCAGGCUUUGGCGGCGUCGCCCCGGAGACUAGUGCCACGUGUGUGUUUGUUUGUUUGGUGGUCUGAUUUGGUAAAUCCCGGUAUAUUGGUAUGUUUGUGUCCUUGUCUGUUGUUUACUUUUAAUGAUGUUGUAGUUUGAUCAGGUCAGCAGUGUUGCAUGUCAGUUUUGGCUAUUUAUAAAAAUCGCUAGUGUGCUUUGUUAUUUACCUGAUGCGUCUUUUCUUAGUGUUUUUAGCCGUAUUUCUGGACUUUAUAAAGUAUUUUGGACUUUCAUACUCAUUUGAUUCCAAUUCACUACGCCGCCAAGAACGAACAUUAAUCUGGAUCACACCAGCAGCAAACCGAUCUUGGUGGAGGUCCGCACAUGAAAGGUUUCAAACAGCUGUAACAGGGACAAUGCAUACCUCUGACAUCUGGUGAAUUAGCACCACAGCCUCUGCUACAGUUAGCCGGUCUACGUAACAAUACUCGAAUCAAGUGGAUUCGGUCUGCUUCCAGGGUAGUAUGGUAACAGUUUCCGAGAUGCAAGGUUUUCAGUAGCUUACCACAACACCCGGUGCCUGGGACCGAGGUGUUUCGCCUCAUCUCCUGUCUCAUCUUACUAAGCUUGGAGUAUGCCGAAUGAGAGAAUAAGCUCCAAGCUUAUCACCUAUGAUUCAUCGUCGUCAGGGUUAUUUCCAUCCUACCUGGAGGUUGCGGAGACUCUUCAAUACCUCCGACAGGGGAGGCUAGGCCCAGGAUCAUGAGUUCCGGACCCUAGCGCAACCAGGGUGGAAUAGCGGGCCCUCAUUAGGCUUCCGUUGCAGCCCCUACGGGAGUCGACCCGUCUAGUUGCCUUCAGGGUACCACCUCCUUUGACAGUUAGUAUCAUGCCAUUCCCCGACACCCUUUGCCCCCCAGACAUACGAAGGGGGUCGUCCAUUCCACCCUCCAGCACCUCCGAGCCUAGUCCUAUGGAGCUCGGGGGUGCUGGCGCUAGAGAGGAGAGGAAAAGGAGCCCCAGGGGGACCAACCCCUGUACCUACUGUGGCCGUGGAGGACACACUGCGGCCAGGUGCUGGGGGGGGUCUCCUAGGGGAAGAGACGGCAGGUCACGCACUGGGGAGACCUUCCAGGUGAGUAGGCGCCCCACUUACCCAGAGCUCUCUGUUGUGCACCUAACCACACCUGUUUGCUUCCCACAGGUUGCACCUCGUUCCCAGCAUAAGGCGCUAGUAGAUUCAGGCGCAGCUGGGAAUUUUAUAGAUCAGAGAUUUUGUGCAGAGUUAGGGAUUCCCCUCCUUCCUGUCAGUAAUCCUUUCCCUGUACAUGCUCUAGAUAGCCGUCCGUUGGGAUCAGGGUUGAUUAGGGAGGUCACAGCUCCACUUAGGAUGGGGACGCAGGAGGGUCAUGAGGAGACUAUUCAGCUAUAUCUUAUAGACUCUCCUGCGUAUCCGGUGGUGCUGGGGCUUCCCUGGUUGAUUACUCAUAAUCCCUCUAUUUCGUGGCAACAGAGGGCUCUCAAGGAGUGGUUUGCCCAGUGUGUAGGGCGAUGUCUGGGCGUUUCCGUAGGGGCGACCUCGGUGGAAAGUCCAAACCAAAUGCCCGCAUUGCACAUUCCCCCCGAGUAUGAGGAUUUAGCACUUGUGUUUAGUAAGGCGAAGGCGACGCAAUUGCCACCACAUAGACAGGGGGAUUGUGCGAUAGACCUCCAGGUAGGAGCUGCGCUUCCGCGGAGCCAUGUGUAUCCUUUGUCUCAAGAGGAGAAGAGAGCUAUGGAGACUUACAUAGCCGAGUCUCUGAGACAGGGAUACAUACGGCCCUCCACUUCCCCUGCGUCCUCGAGCUUCUUUUUUGUGAAGAAAAAGGAUGGAGGUUUGCGCCCGUGUAUUGAUUACCGCAGUCUCAAUCAGAUUACUGUGAAAUACAGUUAUCCACUCCCUCUGAUUGCGACUAUGACGGAGUCUUUACACGGGGCGCGGUUCUUCACAAAAUUGGACCUCAGGAGCGCAUACAACUUGGUGCGUAUUAGGGAGGGAGACGAAUGGAAGACAGUAUUUAGUACCACCUCGGGUCAUUACGAGUAUCUCGUCAUGCCAUACGGGUUAAUGAAUGCUCCUUCAGUCUUCCAAUCCUUCGUAGAUGAGAUCUUCCGGGAUAUGCAGGGGCAAGGAGUGGUCGUGUACAUAGACGACAUUCUAGUGUAUUCUUCUACCCGAGCCGAGCAUGUAGCCCUGGUGCGCCGAGUAUUGAGGAGAUUGUUGGAGCAUGAUCUGUAUGUCAAGGCAGAGAAAUGUCUGUUUUUCCAGGAGUCUGUCUCCUUUUUGGGUUAUCAGUUGUCUGCGUCAGGGGUAAAGAUGGAGGUUGACCGUGUGUCGGCCGUGCGUAAUUGGCAAACUCCAACCACCGUUAAAGAGGUGCAGCGGUUCUUGGGCUUUGCGAAUUACUACAGGAGGUUUAUCCGGGAUUUUGGACAGGUGGCAGCUCCCAUAACGUCUCUACUAAAGGGAGGUCCGGUGCGCUUGCAGUGGUCUGCUGAGGCUGAUAGGGCUUUUGGGAGACUGAAGGACCUGUUUACCUCGGCGCCGGUGCUGGCGCAUCCGGAUCCCGCGCUACCAUUCCAGGUCGAGGUAGACGCGUCGGAAGCCGGUAUAGGGGCCGUGCUCUCGCAACGGUCUGGCACGCCACUGAAACUCCGCCCCUGUGCUUUUUACUCUAAAAAGCUCAGUCCGGCGGAGCGAAAUUAUGACGUGGGGGACAGGGAGCUGCUAGCCGUGGUCCAGGCCCUAAAGGUGUGGAGGCAUUGGCUUGAGGGGGCUCAACACCCUUUCCUCAUUUUGACUGACCACCGAAACCUGGAGUACAUCCGGGCAGCUAGGAGACUGAACCCUCGCCAGGCUAGGUGGAACAUGUUUCUGGCCCGGUUCGUUUUUAAGAUCACGUACAUCCCUGGGUCCCAGAACGGUAAGGCAGAUGUCCUGUGCCGGCGGUAUGACACGGAGGAGAGGUCCGUUGAGCCCACGCCCAUACUCCCGCCGUCUUGCCUAGUGGCACUGGUGGUGUGGGAGGUCGAUUCCGAAAUCGAGCGGGUGUUACGUACCGAUCCUAGCCCUCCACAGUGUCCUGUGGGUCGGAAGUAUGUUCCGCUCGAGGUUCGGGAUCGACUUAUAUAUUGGGCUCACACGUCACCCUCCUCUGGACAUCCAGGGAUUGGCCGGACGGUGCACUGCCUUAGCACUAAGUACUGGUGGCCAACGUUAGCCAGGGAUGUGAGGGUUUAUGUUUCCUCCUGCUCGGUGUGUGCCCAGUGUAAGGCACCCAGACACCUGCCCCGGGGUAAGCUACAGCCCCUGCCCGUUCCACAACGACCCUGGUCUCACCUUUCGGUGGAUUUCGUUACUGACCUUCCCCCCUCCCAGGGAAAUACCACUAUCCUGGUCGUUGUGGAUCGGUUCUCGAAGGCCUGUCGUCUCCUUCCCAUGCCGGGUCUCCCCACUGCUCUACAGACCGCUGAGGCACUAUUCACUCACGUCUUCCGGCAUUACGGGGUACCCGAGGAUAUAGUGUCUGAUCGAGGCCCCCAGUUUACCUCUCAAGUCUGGAGAGCGUUCAUGGAGCGCUUGGGGGUCUCGGUGAGCCUUACCUCGGGGUACCACCCGGAGAGCAAUGGGCAGGUUGAACGGGUAAACCAGGAUGUGGGUAGGUUUCUGAGGUCGUAUUGCCAGGGCCAGCCGGAGGAGUGGGCGAGGUAUGUUCCCUGGGCCGAGAUGGCCCAGAACUCCCUUCGCCACUCCUCCACCAGACUCACUCCUUUCCAAUGUGUAUUAGGGUACCAGCCGGCCCUGGCACCCUGGCAUCAGAGCCAGAUCGAGGCCCCUGCGGUGGAUGAGUGGGUGCGGAGCUCGGAAGAGACGUGGAACGCUGCUCACGAACAUCUGCAGCGGGCCAUCCGUCGACACAAGGCGAGCGCCGAUCUCCACCGCAGUGAGGGACCGGUGUACGCACCGGGAGAUCGAGUCUGGCUCUCGACCAGAAACCUGCCCCUCCGCCUGCCCUGCCGGAAGCUGGGUCGGCGGUUUGUGGGGCCUUUUAAAGUCCUGAGGAGGUUGAACGAGGUGUGUUACAGAUUACAACUUCCUAUUGAUUAUAAGAAUAUUAACCCCUCGUUCCAUGUGUCUCUCCUCAGGCCGGUGGUAGCUGGUCCACUCCAGGACUGUGAGAUAGCAGAGACUCCUCCGCCCCCGCUAGACAUCGAGAGGGCUCCGUCGUACACAGUUCGGUCCAUCCUGGAUUCGAGACGCCGGAUGGGAGGUCUCCAAUAUCUCGUGGAGUGGGAGGGGUACGGUCCGGAGGAGCGGUGCUGGGUGCCGAGGAGAGACAUCUUAGACCCGUCCCUUCUGACUGAGUUCCAUCGUGGUCAUCCCACGCGCCCUGCUCCGCGUCCUCCUGGUCGUCCCCGAGGCCGGGGUCGGCGCACGGCUGGAGCCGCGCGUCAAGGGUGGGGUACUGUCACGGUUUCUGCCGAGGCUGCUCCUUCUCCUUGUUCGGGCAGGCUUCGGCGGUCGUCGUCCCGGAGUACUAGCUGCCACCGUUCGUUGUUUCUGUGUUUGUUUGGUUUGGUCUGUUUUGGUACACCUGUUUCUCAUUUUGUCUUGAUUAUGUGUCCUUUAAGUUCUCGUUGUUUCUGUCUUGUUGUUGUGUGUAGUUGUUCCAUGUCAGCAGGUGUUGCCAGUCAGUUUGUGCUCUAUUUUUAUAGAGAGUCCGCACUGUUGUGCGUUGUUGUAUUUUUACGCUGAGUGCGUUACUUUCCUUGUGCCUCCGGCUCUGUUUGUAGCCGUACUUUCUGUGGACUUUAUUAAAGUAUUUUUGGACUUGCAUCUGCAUACUGCAUUUGAUUCCACACCACACCUACGCCCGUCUCUGACACUGAGAAGCAACCCCACACAUGAAUGGUCUUAGGAUGCUUUACUGUUGGCAUGACACAGGACUGAUGGUAGCGCUCACCUUGUCUUUUUAUUUUUUAUUUUUUUUAUUUCACCUUAAUUUAACCAGGUAAGCCAGUUGAGAACAAGUUCUCAUUUACAACUGUAACCUGGCCAAGAUAAAGCAAAGCAGUGCGAUAAAAACAAAAACACAGAGUUACAUAUGGGGUAAUCAAAACAUAAAGUCAAAAAUACCACAGAAAAAUAUAUAUACAGUUUGUGCAAAUGUAGCAGGAUACCAAAAUGCAAAAUAAUUACAAUUAGUAUUAACACUGGAAUGAUAGAGAUGAUGUGCAAAUAGAGAUACCGGGGUGCAAAUGAGCAAAAUAAAUAACAAUAUGGGGAUGAGGUAGUUGAAUGGGCUAAUUUCAGAAGGGCUGUGUACAGGUGCAGUGAUCGGUAAGGUGCUCUGACAACUGAUGCUUAAAGUUAGUGAGGGAGAUAAGAGUCUCCAGCUUCAGAGAUUUUUGCAGUUCGUUCCAGUCAUUGGCAGCAGAGAACUGGAAGGAAUGGCGGCCAAAGGAGGUGUUGGCUUUGGGGAUGACCAGUGAGAUAUACCUGCUGGAGCGCAUACUACGGGUGGGUGUUGCUAUGGUGACCAUUGAGCUAAGAUAAGGCAGAGAUUUGCCUAGCAGUGAUUUGUGGAUGGCCUGGAGCCAGUGGGUUUGGCGACGAAUAUGUAGUGAGGACCAGCCAACAAGAGCGUACAGGUCACAGUGGUGGGUAGUAUAUGGGGCUUUGGUGACAAAACGGAGGGCACUGUGAUAGACUACAUCCAAUUUGCUGAGUAGAGUGUUGGAGGCUAUUUUGUAAAUGACAUCGCCAAAGUCAAGGAUCGGUAGGAUAGUCAGUUUUACGAGGGCAUGUUUGGCAGCAUGAGUGAAGGAGGCUUUGUUGCAAAAUAGUAAGCAGAUUCUAGAUUUCACUUUGUAUUGGAGAUGCUUAAUGUGAGUCUGGAAGGAGAGAUUACAGUCUAACCAGACACCUAGGUAUCUGUAGUUGUCCACAUACUCUAGGUUAGACCCGCCGAGAGUAGUGAUUCUAGUCGGGUGGGCGGGUGCCAGCAGCGUUCGAUUGAAGAGCAUGCAUUUAGUUUUACUAGUGUUUAAGAGCAGUUGGAGGCUACGGAAGGAGUGUUGUAUGGCAUUGAAGCUAAUUUGGAGGUUUGUUAACACAGUGUCCAAUGAAGGACCAGAGGUAUACAAAAUGGUGUAGUCUGCGUAGAGGGGGAUCUGUGAGUCACCAGUAGCAAGAGCGACAUCAUUGAUAUACACAGAGAAAAGAGUCGGCCCAAGAAUUGAACCCUGUGGCACCCCCAUAGAGACUGCCAUAGGUCCAGACAACAGGCCCUCCGAUUUGACACAUUGAACUCUAUCUGAGAAGUAGUUGGUGAACCAGGCGAGGCAGUCAUUUGAGAAACCAAUACUAUUUAGUCUGCCAAUAAGAAUGCGGCGGUUGACAGAGUCAAAAGCCUUGGCCAGGUCGAUGAAGACGGCUGCACAGUACUGUCUAUUAUCGAUCGCGGUUAUAAUAUCGUUUAGGAUCAUGGGCAAGUUGCAGCUGAGGGUGCAGAGCUGGUAGUCGGGGUAGUGGUAGCCAGGUAGAAAGCAUGGCCAGCCAUAGUAAAAUGCUUGUUGAAAUUCUCAAUUAUUGUAGAUUUAUCGGUGGUGAUAGUGUUUCCUAGCCUCAGUGCAGUGGGCAGCUGGGAGGAGGGACUCUUAUUCUGCAUGGUCUUUACAGUGUCCCAAAACUUUUUGGAGUAAGUGCUACAGGAUGCACAUUUCUGUUUGAAAAAGCUAGCCUUCGCUUUCCUAACUGCUUGUGUAUAUUGGUUCCUAACUUCCCUGAAAAGUUGCAUAUCGCGGGGGCUAUUCGAUUCUAAUGCAGUACGCCACAGGAUGUUUUUGUGCUGGUCAAGGGCAGUCAAGUCUGAGGAGAACCAGGGGCUAUAUCUGUUCUUAGUUCUGAAUUUUUUGAAUGGGGCAUGCUUAUUUAAGAUUGAGAGGAAAGCACUUUUAAAGAACAACCAGGCAUCCUCUACUGACGGAAUGAGAUCGAUAUCCAUCCAGGAUACCUGGGCCAGGUCAAUUAGGAAGGCCUGCUCGCUAAAGUGUUUUAGGGAGCGUUUGACAGUGAUGAGGGGUGGUCGUUUGACCGCGGACCCGUUAUGGACGCAGGCAAUAAGGCAGUGAUUGCAGACAGCUGAGGUGUAUUUAGAGGGUAUGUUAGUCAGGAUGAUAUCUAUGAGGGUGCCCAUGUUUACGGAUUUAGGGUUGUACCUGGUAGGUUCCUUGAUAAUUUGUGUGAGAUUGAGGGCAUCUAGUUUGGAUUGUAGGAUGGCCGGGGUGUUAAGCAUAUCCCAGUUUAGGUCACCAAGCAGUACAAACUCUGAGGAUAGAUGGGGGGCAAUCAAUUCACAUAUGUUGUCCAGGGCACAGCUGGGGGCUGAGGGGGGUCUGUAGCAAGCGGCAACAGUGAGAGACUUAUUUCUGGAAAGGUGGAUUUUUAGAAGUAGGAGCUCAAACUGUUUGGGCACAGACCUGGAUAGUAUGAUAGAGCUCUGCAUGCUAUCUCUACAGUAGAUUGCAAUCCCACCCCCUUUGGCAGUUCUAUCGAGAUGGAAAAUGUUGUAGUUGGGGAUGGACAUUUCUGAAUUUUUGGUGGCCUUCCUAAGCCAGGAUUCAGACACUGCUAGAACAUCAGGGUUGGCAGAGUGUGCUAAUGCAGUGAAUAACUCAAACUUAAGGAGGAGGCUUCGGAUGUUAAUGUGCAAGAAACCAAGGCUUUUAUGGUUACAGAAGUCAACAAAUGAUAACGCCUGGGGAGUAGGAGUGAUACCUGGGGCUACAGGGCCUGGGUUAACCUCUACAUCACCAGAGGAACAGAGGAGGAGUAGAAUAAGGAUACAGCUAAAGGCUUUAAGUACUAGUCUUCUAGUGCGUUGGGUACAGAGAAAAAAAGGGGCAGAUUUCCGGGCGUUGUAGAAUAGAUUCAGGGCAUUAUGUACAGUCAAGGAUAUGGAAGGAUAUGGGUACAGUGGAGGUAAACCUAAGCGUUGGGUAACAAUGAAAGAGAUAGCAUCACUGGAGGCACCGAUUGAGUCGGUCUCUGCGUAUAUGGGGGGUGGGACAAAGGAGCUAUCUAAGGCAGGUUGAGCUGGGCUGGGGGAUCUACAGUGAAAUAGUACAAUAAGAAAUAACCGAAACAGCAAUAAGCAAGGCAUAUUGACAUGGGAGAGAGGCAUAAAGCAAUCACAGGUGUUAUUCGAGAGAGCUAAGACAACAGCUGGUAAUGGUGACAAAGUUUGGGCUGAGGCUAAUCAUAAACAGGAUGCGGUACCGUAUAAAGGAACAGUCCAGCAGGCUUCAGCUGUAUAGCUGAGUUAUCAUAAGGUCCGGUGAACAGCAAUAGGAGAGUUCGGAGGUAGUUCGGGGGCUUCUACAGCACUGGCAAGCAAGAGGCCACGGCUUGCGUGUGCUAGCGGGCCAGGGCUAGCAGAUGGAUCUUCGUGGUCGACGUCGUAACGGGAAGCCUGUUGAAACCACAUCAGACGAUUUCGUCGGCAGACCAGUCGUGUUGGAUCGGCGGGGCUCUGUGUCAACACUAGGAGGUCCCAUCCGGUUGACAGAAAGGUAGAUAGCCGGGAGAUGGGCCUGGCUCAAGGCUAGCUCAGGGCUGAUUAGCCAACAAUUACAUCGAUUUGGUUGCAGCUAGCUAGUUGCGAUGAUCCGGUAUUAAAGGUCCAGUGAUUCAGUGAUUCCGGCAGAAAAAACGAUAUGUUCUGGGUCGAUAACGUGCUGUGCAGACAGUGCAGACUGGCUGAUAAUAGUCCAGGCUAGAGCUGGCUGGUAGGUAGUGCAGGCCACGGACAAUGGUGAAAAACCGCUAACGGUGGCUAACAGAAAGUAUCUAGUUAGCUGUUAAUCCCGUCCGGUAGACAGAGAGGUAGAUUGCCGGGAUAUGGGCCUGGCUCGAGGCUAGCUCGACGCUAACUGGUGCUUGCUUCGGGGGCAGCGGUGAUUAGUCAACAGCAACAUCCAUCCGGUUGCGGCUAGCUAGUUGCGAUCCGGUGUUAAUAUCCAGUGAUUCAGUUAUUCCAGCAGAAAUUCCGAUGUUCUGGGUGAAAAACGCUAACGGUGGCUAAUAGCAAGUAGCUAGUUAGCUGGUUAGCUAGUUUCAACUGGAGAUUCUAGAUAAAAGGUAAGUCAAUAAUAGAAUCCGUUCCACAUUGAGUGAGGCGCGUUGCAGGAAAGUAUAUUUUGUAGAAGGAUGAAAAGUGUGAUAGGGAAAUAAGUACGAAAAAUACAAAAAAAUACAAAAAACAGGCUAUUUACACGGACACACAACAAAGAACACAACCGCACUGCUACGCCAAUUUGGAGUUGAGACUUAGUAAGGGCCUAAAUGCCAAAUAAAGUAACAGGGUUGAAGUUUAGAUCUUAAAUCAGCCAGUUUCAAAAAUGGAUAUGUCUGUGAACAUUUCUGUUAAACUGUUUUACUUGUUGAUUACUUGUGGAUUAUGGAAAUAAAAUCUAAAAUCAAGAUAUGUCAAUUUGUUUGUCUACAUGCCAUUUAAAAACAAUGCAGAUAUUGGAGUAAACCUAUUUUGGGUUAAGACAAGUAACUCCGAGUAAGGGCAAACAUGAUAAGCUUGCGAGCUGAGUUUAAAUAAGACAUCUGAUUACCACUGCAUUUAGAACGUUUGGUUUUAUUAUAGUUAAUAAAUAACUACAUCAUUGAUGAAUCACUUGGUAAAAUAAUUGCAUGUCUCGUCUGCCCCUGGAAGCCGGUGGGCAUACGUGUCAUCACACUACCGCAUCUGAUCGGUGGUGACAUCCAAACUCCUCAACAUGUAAUCUAUAAUCGCGACGCUGGAUGAUGACGUUUGAGUUUAGGACAUAAACAACAUGGAGGAGAGAGAAGCGCUGAAAAGGCAAAUCGAUCUGUUGCAAAGUAAUUUGGUGGUUUACAGUACAGUUAACAUUACUGAUACACUAUAUUUAAUAACUAAUACUUACCAAUUACAAUUGAAAGCUGUCAUGCUGGCUGUUGGCUUUGCGAACUACCACGUUCUCUGUUGAUGCCUAGCUAACGCUAGCUAAUUUAGCUGACGCAAAUUUGACGUUGCUAGCGAGAUUCACGCUUUUCAACGUUAAUUAACCGCUGUUGCCAGUUACCUCUUAACCUAUUUCUGUCAUCUCACAGAUCUCAUCAAUAACCAUAAAAGUAUCCAUGGUGAUGCCCCUUCUAGUUCUGGCCAGCAGUGGCACCCAGCGAGACCACCAGCCCGAGGCAGGAGUCACAGCUCAUUUUUCACCCCUACAUUCCCCUCGCGGGGUGGGCCUUACUCCCCUCAACACACAGGACACUGGAGGAAGACCUACUCCCUCAGUAGCAAGACCAGUUCAUCCCAGCACAGUAGACCUACUACACAGACUGCCAAGCCCUCUCUAGAGCAGCACUUAGAUUCUGCAGCACCCAAGUCCUCUACUGGGUUCCUGUCCCUUCAUGCUGCAGGCACCUUACUGCCCAGCCACAGUAGUAAGGACUCGGUUAGAGGAGAGAAGGAUGGAAUAAAAUGUGCUUAGUCUAGGGAUCUUACAGGGCCAAGGGGCCAGCAGUACGCACUAACAGGGAGUGAGAAGAUUUGUGACGGUGACAGGCUAACCUAGCCGGUCUCCUCUCCCCAGAACCACUCCAAGUUCACCUGGGUGAAGAGCCAUCAGUCAGGAGGAGCCGGGCCCAGCCUGGCCAGAACAGAGUCCCAGCCCCCAGAAAAACUCAUCACCUCUGUCACCACCGCAGUCUCCCAUCCUGGGGUCCCUAUCAGUUUCUCACCCAGCCCCAGUUCCAAUAGGAAAGCCUUUGCCCCCAGAAAGAAGGUUCCCCGUAGGCUCAGUUUAUCCACUGCAGUCCCUAAGACCUCCAAGUACACCUGGGUGUCCUCCUCUGCAGGGGCACAGGCCAGGCUGUCCCGGAAGCACCUCUCACCUAAAGCCCUGGCCCUGGCUCUGUCCCAGAGAGCUGCAGAGAAGGGGGAGGGGGUAGCCAAGAAACCAAAAUCCCCAAAUCUUUUAGCCAAGCAGCGUAAGGCAGCAGGGGCCUCCUCCUCCACCCUCAGUAGUCGCUACCGCUGGAAGGCAGGGUCUGGGGGAGGGGGGCAGACUGGCUCCGGGACAGGAUCCCGAGGUGGGUCUGUGUUCCGCUGGACCUCAGAGAAAGAGAACGGGUCCAAGGGGGGGUCCAGUGUCCUUCCAUCUGUAACUCAAUGCACCGUAGUGCUUCCUGCCUCCUCUUCCCCUGUAGGGUCCAAACUCAGGAGCAGGAUGAAGAUCAUCAGGAGGUCAUUUAGCAGGUGAGGAAGAAGAGGAUGAGGGCAGCCAGUGAUUUAUUUUCUCAUCCAUUCUCUUACUAUAGAGAGCAAUAGUAAUGACGUCUUUUUGUAAGCACUAACUCCGCCAUGGCUUGUUGGUCAAAGCCUAUGAGGCGAUGAAUUUAUUUUUUAAAUACAGUAAAUAAGAUCUGUGGUAAACACAGGCUUAGGAGAUCUUUGAUGUUUUCUUCUAUGAGAUAAUUUUCUUCUAACAUAACUUUUUGUGAAUUUUGAAGCAUUUAUGUAAUUUAAAAAAGCACUUAAAUCACAUAAAGGCUUUACAAUUCAUAAAGGUCAUGUUAACUCAGGGAGUCCCAAACUUUUUCACUCAGGACCCCCCUCCAGCAUUAGGGAACAUCCCGCGCCCUCCCUUCCGAGCGCGCACACAACGUCUGUUUCUAUUGGCACAAGCACUAUUCAUGACACAAACCGUUCACACCCCUCUUGUUGGCAGAGAGAACAUUUUGCAGGUUUAAAGCUUAUUUCCUGCAAUUCUACACAAUUUGUCAUGGGGUACAGAGAAAAUCUUGCAGUUUUCAAGCUAAUUUUCUUGCAAUUCUGUACAUUUGGCCAUGUAUGUUUAUUCAUGUGAUAUUUGAGUGACUCAAACAUUACAACAAAAUCUAUGGGCUAAAAAACGUUAGCUGACUUAAAAAACUUUAGCUGACUUGGACUAGUUGAUCUGUACAUUUCUGACAAGUUAUAAAUAACUCUCUAAGGUAUGCAGUGACUGACAUGACGAGGAAAUCUGAUGACGCACUAACCAAAUUUGAAAUUGCACCUUGUGCAUUCUACUAUUACACCUUUCAAGAGUAAGUUGAAAGCAGGACUGAGCCCCCACCCCUGCGCCCGCCCCACAGUUAGGGAACCACUGUAUAAGAUCUCUUAAGCCUGUGUUAACCUUAGGCCCCAAAUUCCUAUUCUUAAUAUUAAUUUUCCCCAUAGGAAUGGCUGAACGAACCAGAGGUAACUUCUUUCAGUUUUUUAGGACUACGAGCUGGCGAGCUCUGUUACACACUUUAAUAGUAGUAAUGCAUGCUAGAAUACUGUAGAUCAGCCUCUCUUUUGUCUGUGAAAAAUAGUUCUGCAUUUGGGCAGAGGGUGGCAGCAAACCUCUACCUUUGUUUCAGAUUUUUUUUGACACACUUCUCUCUGUCUCGCUCUCUCUCACACACACACACACACACACACACACCUCUAACACACACUCUCCAAUGUAUUACAGUGGGUCUGGGGCAGAAUGGAGAUCCAGCCCAGCAGCCACGACCCUGAACAGCUGCUACUCUCUGCGCCGGAGGACACACACCGCGGUCAGAACACAGACCGCAGUGAGAACACACACCCUGGUCCGGAGCCCAGGGGCUGUGAAGAGGACCCCGUCCCUUGAACUGGUCUCAUUUGGCAGACACAAUCUACGACGUCUCUCCCCAGUCCCUCCAGGAAAA